AUGGGAACCAAACGAGCCUUCAAUGAAGAUCUUCAGGAGUUCAUUGAGCACCCGAAGCAUCUUGACUAUGGAAAUAAGUCAGCUUCAUUUACUGAUGACGGACGUAAGCAUUUCCGUUCAAAUGAAAGUCCGGAAAGUGAAAAUGUUACUGUCCCUUUCAUGGUUCCCAAAGAGUUCGAGACAACUGCACCUUUACCGUUGGUGACCGGAAUCGGAACUGAUGAAUCCGAUUCCGGAUCUGUGCCUGUUUACUGCCCUAAUCUUUUUUCUGAAUUCUUUGAUAACAACUUCCCAAGGCGACCACUGUUUUGUUACGAUGAUAUCUACUCAUCUCUAAUGAAUCGCCCUCCCAGGAAAUUGAUUCCAAUCGGACCAGAUCAUCAAGCUGAUGUCCCGGAAUUCAACCCUGAGCUGGCGAGAACUUAUAAAAUCAAUAGUGGGAUUGAACGUCUGUUGGGAGUUUCUGUCGUUGGAAUCCAUGAUUCCGAUGGAAUCAGUCAUUCCAGUGGAAUCAGCAAUUCCGGCGGCAUCAGUCAUUCCGAUGGAAUCAUUCAUUCCGGUUCUGGAUUUUCAAAUUGUGAGUGCUUGGAUGGUGGUUCAAUUAGAUGUGUGCAGCAACAUGUGAAGGAAGCGAGACUGAAACUGAUGGAAUCGCUUGGGCGUGAGAAGUUUGUUGAUUUGGGAAUGGUGGAAAUGGGGGAAGAAGUUGCUUACAAGUGGAGUGAUGAAGAAGAGAGACGUUUUCAUGAGGUGGUGUAUUUGCACACCGGAUCUAUUGGGAAAAGCUUAUGGAAACAACUCUCGAUUACGUUUCCUUAUAAAACAAAGAAGGAACUCGUGAGUUAUUAUUUCAAUGUUUUUAUACUCCGAAGACGUGCGAUUCAAAACAGAUCAAGAUUUUUGGAUAUUGAUAGUGAUGAUGAUGAGUGGCGGGGAGGAUAUGGUGGGGGUUUUGGUGGUGUAGAAGAUUAUGAUUUUGUAGUUGGUGGAGGUUUUGGUUUCCAUGGAGAUGAUGAAUCUGGUUCUGAAGAUGGUGGUGAUGGCGGCAGUUAUGGUGGUGGUGAUGUGGUUGUUGGUUUUGAAGAGGGCCAGCCGGAAGUUGGGGCAAAAUCGUCUUGA